AAUUAAUAAUUAAUAAUUAAUUAGUUUAUUUAUAUAUAAAUUUUUUAAUUAAUAAUUAUUAAUUUUUAUUUUCCAAAAAUUAAAUUUUUUUUUACGAAACGUUAGUUUUUUUUUUUUAAUAUUAAAAUGAGUGUCAAAUUUGAGUUCUAAAUAUUUUUUUAAUGAAGUAAAAAAUAAAAAAUCGUAUUUUUGAAAUUUUUAAAUAAAAAAAAUAUAAAAUGUAUAAUACGGUAAUAAAUAAAUUAAAAUUUUUUUACAAACCGUAUGCACUUGCUGUCGUGUCCAUUGGAUAUGUACUCGGUGAACUGGGACAUUAUUUAAUUGGAUCGACAAGUAAAGCAACGGCAAUUGAUUUGCAUUAUGGUGAUAUAUCAUGUCAGUUGAAUUCUACUCAAUUUCUGGUCAUCGAUUUGCCGGUUCAGUGUGAAGCUGCCAAUAAUUCUGAUUAUUGCUUAUCAUUAGAACUCAAUGGCACAAAUUACUGUGAAUGGAAUUACAAUGGACUGGGUUUAGAUUAUCAAAUAUUAGCUGGACCAAGUUUUAUUGCAGUAUUUACAGUUGUGGGAGUAAUAUUGGGUGUAGCUGCUGAUAAAUUUAACAGAGUACGAUUGUUGGCAAUAUGUACAUUAGUAUUCAGUAUUGCCAUUAUUCUGAUAGGAACUGUUAAAGAAUAUUGGCAGUUAGUCAUUUUACGUAUGAUUUUAGCUGCUGGCGAAGCGGGAUGCAAUCCGCUAGCUACCGGUCUCUUAUCAGACUGGUUCGAUGAAGAGCAGCGUGGACUUGUCAUGUCGAUUUUCAACUGGGGAAUAUAUGGCGGGUAUGGUAUCGCGUUUCCUGUUGGUCGAUACGUUCCUAAAUUGAAUGCGUGGGAUCUCGGAUGGAGAGCUUGUUACUAUGGCGCAGGUAUCGUUGGUUUGAUAAUAACCGGACUGACAGCAUUUACUUUAGUCGAGCCUAUAAGGAAAUCGAUUGGCGAAGAAUCGACUGCCAAUACAGCCGAUAAUACUUCUAAUAAUAAUGAUAAUAAUAAAUUAACAAUAUGGAAAGUUAUAUUGCAGCCUAGAAUAAUUUUACUCUGUCUCGCUGCCAGUAUCCGCCAUUGCGGUGGAAUGUGCUUCGCUUAUAACUGCGACCUCUACUACCGGGAGUACUUCCCAGACUACGAUCUAGGUUGGUGGUUAUUCGCGGUGACGAUCGUCAUUGGCAGCAUUGGAGUAGUUGUAGGUGGCGUUGUCAGCGACAAGUUCGUGGCGAAAAUGGGAAUUAGAUCGAGGGUGGCGGUACUUGCGAUAAGUCAGAUCAUAGCGACGCCAUUUGCAUUUGGAUCGGUUUACUUCAAUCCCUUGGGAGCAAUGAUUACGUUGGGUAUUUCGUACUUCUUCGCUGAAAUGUGGUUUGGAAUAGUAUUUGCAGUAAUGGUCGAAAUAGUGCCUCUGAGUAUGCGGUCAACUACCGUAGGAAUAUUUCUGUUUGUGAUGAACAAUAUCGGCGGUAACUUACCGAUUCUAGUCGAACCGACCCGACAAGCGAUUGGGUUCAGAGAAAGUCUUUACAUUUACUACGCAGGUUUUUACGGCAUUAGUUCGAUAAUGUUCUUCUUUACGAUGUUUUUGAUGGACGGUGGUAAGCCCACAGACAAGGCCAAUGACACAAAGAGUAUUGAAAAUGGCGCCAAUAAUAUGAAUAUAAGAACUAUCGAUAAUAUGAAUAUCGGCAAAACCAAUGGGUUAACUAUCAAUGGUGGUUAUGGGCAUGAUAAUAGAAUGUUUAUUGACGAUAGUGGUAAAGUAACGGUAGACUUACCUAGAGUGACAUCUCGAUUCGAUAGUUUAAAUUCAAAUGAUUCGAGGCUGUAAGAAAAAUGUGAUUUGCUCUUUUUUAAAUUAAAACUUUACUUCAAUCGAUACAUCAGUUUUCUUCAAUUCGAUUUAUUACUUUAACUUAAAUUUAGCAUGAAUCGAUACAUUGAUUUCAUUUUAAAUCGAGACAUAAACAAUUAAGUCAAUCGAUAGUUGAAUUCUGAAAAAAAGGUACAAUAAAUUAAAUCAAAAUCGAAUAGUAGAAAAUCGAUGUAUUGAAUUGUGAUAGAAUCAAAAUAUCAAACUUAAAACAAUUGAUGUAUCGAAUUGAAAAUAAAUUAUGAAGUCGAUCUUUGAAUAUAUGUAAAUCGAUUUAUCGAUUAUUUAAUCGAUUUAAUGACCGACUAAGUGAUUAACUGUUCAAUUUAUUGAUUGCUAGCUCGAAAUAUCGAUUAGUAAAUCAAGGUAUCGAUUAAUCAAUCGAGAUAUCGAUUACUAAAUCGUGACAUCGAUUACAAAAUCGAGAUAUCGAUUAAUAAAUCUAUCACAAAAUCGAAGUAUCGAUUAAUUAGUCGAUUUAUCGACUAAUACAUCGAUUUAUCGACUAAUACAUCGAUUUAUCUAUUAAUAAAUCGAUUUAUCAAUUAAUAAAUCGAUUUUUCAAUUAAUAAAGCGAUUUAUCAUUCAUAAAUCGAUUUACCAAUUACACAAUCGAGAUAAUGAUUACAAGAUCGAGAUAUCGAUUAAUAGACCGAUUCAUUGAUUACAAAAUCGAGGUAUCGAUUAAUAGACCGAUUCAUUGAUUACAAAAUCGAGGUAUCGAUUACAAAAUCGAGAUAUCGAUUAAUAAAUCGAUUACAAAAUCGAGAUAUCGAUCAAUAAAUCGAUUACAAAAUCGAGAUAUCGAUUACAAAAUCGAGAUAUCGUUUACAAAAUCGAGGUAUCGAUUACAAAAUCGAGGUAUCAAUUACAAAAUCGAGGUAUCGAUCAAAAAAACGAGGUAUCGAUUACAAAAUCGAUUUAUCGAUUACAGAAUCGAGGUAUCGAUUAAUAAAUCAACUUAUCGAUCAA